AAGUUUUCAAUCCCUUAAUGUCCGCCAUCUGCCAACACUCCAGUUUGUAGAGCCAGCUCUCCUUGCCGGGCGUUGUCGCCUUAGUCUGCACCAAACGUCAUGUCGGUUUACUAUGGGCCUAACGAAGAUGAAAACACUAUUCUUCUUGAGCGAAACUUCCUUGCCGGGGAUAUCGUCUGUGGUACAGGCUAUGGUAUUCAGAUAGUGCUUUAUGUCUCCUGCGCACUCUACCUGUGGAACACGAGGAAGGAGCGCAAGAAUGCUCUCUACCUCCUCGCCUAUAUCACAACUCUUAUUGCUAUUGAGACCAUAUUCAUCAUUGUCCAGGCUAGGACGGUGCAGGUCUUGUAUGUCGAUAACAGGAACUACCCUGGCGGACCUUGGGCAUAUUUCCUGGCGACUCAGAAUUUGGCCAUCAACGUUUUAUUCUAUGCAACGCUCUUUGUGCUCACAUUCUUGUCCGACUGUCUCGUUCUUUGGCGAUGCUGGGUCAUCUGGGCUUCCGCGGGUCGAAAGCUGUACGCUUAUUUAGUCAGCGCUUUCCCAGCCUGUAUCUUAUUGGCCUCGUUCGUGAUGGGAACCCUUUGGACGCUCCAAUCAAGUCAACCCGGACUCUCGUUCUACAGCGCCCUGCCACUUGCAUAUGGAACGUCGUACUACUCCAUCUCGCUCGGAUUGAACAUCAUUCUAACCAUACUCAUUGUCACCCGUCUCAUCCUCUACCGUCGUCAUAUCAUGAAGAGUCUUCCGGCUCAAUAUGGUGCCCACUACGUUUCGCUCGCUACCAUCAUCGUCGAAUCUGCCGCUUUAUAUUCAGUCUUUGCUAUUUUAUUCCUUAUUACCUACGCUGCCGAUAACCCAACAAAUCAAGUAUUGCUUGCUUUCGCUUCUGCAGCGCAGCAAAUCUCGUCCUACCUCAUCAUAUACCGCCUCGCGGAAGGUCGUGCAUGGGGUACCAGAACCCUAUCGGAGCAAACUCUGACCGCUAUGGAUUUCAAACCUCGCAGUACCCCUCGGAAUGGUACCACUCAAACAGACCAUCUUGAGUUAGGGACGUCAAGUUCGGCGUUAAACUCUUCACGGUCGAGGGAAAGCAAGAUCUUCAACAUACACUCGGACUAGAUUAGUAAGUCUCUUAAGUAAUGGUAAUCUGACUCUUCUUUCUCGUGAGCGAAAGGAUAGAAGGGAAAGGACUAUAUUUUUCAACUGUUCCUUAUUUUGGACAUUAUUAUUACAUAUACAGUCUAGUUGCACUGCAAUGAGACCGUCAGAUUUCAGGGUGCUAUUCUACUUGUGUCAAUGAUCAUAUGACGAUGAUCAUUCAACAGCGACAACCUGGUAACACGCACGUCUCUCAUCCACCUUCAGUUCGGCCCAAGGCACCGUAUACCGAGUCAACUGAAGGCUUGCGUGCACAUCCCGAAUAGAACAGACGGCUCCACCUAUCGUAUGAGCUCCUUCCGAGGUGCAUACUGAAGAUUACUACCGACAGGAUGAUCAUUGGCAUGACUAUCACAAGGAAUGCUUUCGGUUGGUUCACAGUCGCGUCAUGAAUGAAUUGACGACUCCAUCGGAGCCUUGUCGGGGAAUGUGCUAAGGUCAUCUUCGGUCUUGAAUUCACAUAAGUACAUGCGGAUAUAGUCGGGCCAUUUUACAGCUGACUGCCACUAUGCAGAAUGGAGACAUCCUGUCUCAGCCGCUCUAGUCGGGACUCGGAGACGAUGCGGGUUGAGAAUGUAUACUCGGAAACGUCCAAGCACCGAUCUUCGUCCGCUUUGCACCCUUGAACACCACUCGCCUGCAAUAGACAGCAUGGUGAUUA